CCACAAUCGCAUGUGCUCCAAGUUUCAACGACGCUAUGAUGUUCCUAGGUCCAUUCCGGCACUCUUCACUAAGCAAGCUGGGCUCAGUACUACUCGCUUCAUAUAUUUGCUUUCACUGGCUCUUGCAGCCUGUAAAAUGCCUACCCGCGAACCGCGACGUGUCCUACCGCAUAAGACGUCUUGAAGGCGUGAUAAUUAGGAGUCAAAUGGGGGGUCUUGUCCAGGAGAUGGUAAGAGCAAUCCCUAUGACACCAAGCAACUCAUCCGUCCCUGGGUUCUCGUAUCUGGGUUGCUUUACCGAUUCGCAACCAUCCAGUCUAGUGUUACCGAUUACUACUCCAAGAUUUCUUCUCAACGGCAUUUCUUACACAUCUACCACCGGUAUGACCUGGGCUGCAUGUACUCAGUACUGCUCCAGCUAUCAGUAUGCGGGUAUAUCGGCUGGAUCAACGUGUAGAUGCGGCAAUUCCUUCACCUUCUCCCAAGGUCUUUCCUUAGAUUCAUUAUGUCAGGUACCGUGUAGUGGAAGUAGUUCACAAUCGUGUGGUGGAAACGUGCGGUCCGCAGUCUUCUUUAACUCCAAUUUUGGCGGCAACAGUUCCCCAGCAGGAUCGUCAUCAUUCGUACCUAUCGCAAUACUGCCCACAUCAACACCUCUGCUACAAUCUUCGGCGUCGGCAAUCUUGACGUUGGUUGCAUCACUUGCGUCCGUGUCUGCCUCGGCCACUUUUGUAUCUCAACCUUCAACAGUCAGUCCAUCGGCAGCACUUCUACCCGUUGUAGUCGCACCGCAAUUGGGUGGGACCGGUUCGCUGCCAUCCUUAGCCGUCUUCCUAUCAGCACUCGUCGCAAUUUCACCCAGCGCAUCCUCGAUCCAUCCUACAGCCGACGUAGCUCCCACCACCUCGCUUACUUCUGCUUCGGCAAAAGUUUCUGCAAUGCAGCCAACAGCGACGUUGUCGUUACCCAUCUCGCCAGACCCGUUGCCGCUCGCUCAGCCCUUCUCCAUCGUCGGUGCAACCUGCAUCGAUUCUUCCACUGAGCAGUGGUUCACCGGCAGCUUCUCCAAUUGUGGCUUUUAUGACGGCCACUCAAUCCACGACGUUUCCUCCUGGUCUCCUCGGCCAGUCGGUAUCACCUACUUUGGCAGUCCCUUCCGUCGUACUACCGGUGACGUUUACAACACUCCCGACGCCAUCGAGUCCUGUGGUUCUUGGUUCACUGGCAUCCGUCACCCCCUCGCCAACUCUCAUCUCAUCUACCUCGCUGAGCAAUGUUCUGAUGAACGGAUUACCGUCACUUCCUUUGCUGGAAGCGGCCCCAUUGCUUUCUUCACCUUUUUCGGGCGUGUUUUCGAUCGCAGGUCUACCUCCCGUGCGGGCUUCAUCGCCAAUAAUGGCACCAUCCCUAGUUCAGCCAACUUCGAGCAAUCUCGGCGGAGUGAUAGUAACGGCGGUUCCGUCGCCGACUCUAUCGACUGCACGUUACCAACCUCUCAACCCAGAAUCAUCGUUCUCAGCAUUAGAUACAAAGGUACCAGGGUGGGAUUUCACCGAGGGUUUGGGGCCUCAUGGUCUGCCUACUCCGACAGCAUCUAUAGCAGCCCUACCAGCACUACCAGCACUACCAGCACUACCAGCACUACCAGCACUACCAGCACUACCAACACUACCAGCACUACCAACACUACCAGCCCUAACAUCACUACCAGCACUACCAGCCCUAACACCACUAUCAGCACUUUCAGUUAUAGAAGAAGCCAAUCUGCUUGCUUCGACAACAAUUUCAAGCCUUGGACCAGUUUCCGUGACGAGGCCUACAACUGGUACUCUAGCGGAGUUUACAGCAUCUCAGGUAAUCGAUUCGGGUACUGUGGUGGAUAA